AUAAAUAAUAAUUAUUAAAAAAAGCUCACUUUUAAUUUUUCUGCCAUAACUAUUGUUUGACCUGUCUUGGAUUCUGGGGUCAUACAUUGUUGAGGGCGGCUUGCUCGUUUUUGCUGGCUGGUUUAUGUUUAUAUUUGAGUGACAAUGGAAUCACCUGGAGGUGAUUCUACUAAUUUGGAAGAUAUUGAAUUAGAUGGCGAGCUUAAGGAUCAGACAGUAACAAAGGGAGUGGAGGACAUAUCUACAGAUCAAGUGAAAGAAGUAGGAGAUGCUAAAAUAUUGAAAGAAGAUAAAGAAAACAAUGUGGAGAAAGAUAUUGAACAAGUUGGAGAGGAAGAAAAACAGGAGGAUGAAGAAAUUAAUCAAAAACCUGAGAAUAGUAUGACAGCUGAUGAUGCCAGUGAAGAAACGAAAACAACAACACUGGGAGAGAAUAAGAGUGAUAGCGUGAGUAAAGAAGAAUUGAUUCCUCAGGAAAGUGAAGAAAUUGAGAACUGUAGUGAUAAGAAGAAAGAAGACAAUAUUGAAAUACAUGGUAAGAAAGACGAAGAUGACGUAGAGAAAUCUAAUGACGAACUCUUUAUAAUGGAGGGUAAGGAAGGUAAGGAUUUGAAGGAAAGAGUAAUCUGUAAAGAAAAUGAGGGCGACACGAAAGAGGAAGAGAAUGAUGUAGAGCAGAAAGAGUCGCCUUUAGAUGGAACUACUUCUGAACAAUGUAGUAAAGAGUCCAAUGUGAAAGAGAAAACUGAAGAAAAGAAACCAGAAGAAGGAUCAGUUAAAGAAGCAGUUGUAACUGAUGUUGGAAGUAAGAUCGAUGAUAGUGCCAAAGAACCAGAGAUGGUAGAACGUAUAACACACAAUGAACAGGAUAUAAAGCCUACGAUUCUGAAUAACAAUACAUGUAAUGAUGUUGAGAAUAAAGAUGAUGUGGUUGAGAAAAAAGAUGAUAGUAUUGAGAAAAAAGACGAUGUCGUUGAGAAAAAAGACGACAGUGUUGAGAAAAAAGAUGUCGUUGAGAAAAAAGACGAUGUGGUUGAGAAAAAAGAUGAUGUGGUUGAGAAAGGGGAUGAUGUGGUUCAGAAAAAAGAUGAUAUUGUGACUAUGAUAGAAGAUCAAGAAAGUUCAGUUAGGAAAGAAGAGAAGACACCAGAUGGUGACCCAACAGUAAAUGAGGAAGAGAAAAUAAUGGCAAAACCAGAUGAAGCAGAAGUUGAUGUUAAAAAGGAGAAAGAAGAACAACCAAAAGAACCAAAAGCUAUAGCAGAAAUUGAAAACACCAACCCGGUUGAUGGUACCAUCCAAGAUAAACCAACCACUCAGACAGAACCUCAAUUGCAACUAAACAAAGCAGAAAAGAACCUUGACAAACAAUUAAAAACAAUUGAAGUGGAGGAGAAAAAAGCUGACAAAGAGAAACAAAAGAAGGUGAAUAAAAGAGAAGAGAAGGUUAAAGAGAAAAAGAAAGCAAAUAAACCGGCACCCAAAGACAAUACCAAGGGAACCGUGACCAACCCGGUAGAUGGUACCAUCCAGGAUAAAGCAACCACUCAGACUGAGCCUCAAUUGCAACUAAACAAGGCAGAAAAGAACCUAGAGAAAGAUUUUGUCUUUAAACUGAAGAAGAAAAAUCCCAAGUUUCCAAAUGCAAAGUUCUUCUGUCGUUUAUGCCAGUAUCAUUGUGAUAACAUCCCGGCCUGUAACAAACACAUCAACGAUCAGAAGCACGUUAAAGUAUUUAAGAGUAUGAAAGUUGAUGAAGCUAUCAAAAAGCUAAAACAAGCAAGCCCUGCUCACCUAGACGCCCUCACGCAUCUCCUGGUUGCAGUAGUUCAACAGGAAGCCAUGUCUCAUGAAGACAUGAACAAAAGGAACGUUGCUGUUGCAAGGAUGAAAACUGCAUUCAAGGAGAAGAUGCCAGGUGUUGAUUUACGUCUGUUUGGCUCAUCCGUAAGUGGAUUUGGUUUCAAGCAGAGUGAUCUGAACAUUGAACUUAUCUUGCCAGUUGAUAGUAAGGAGGAACACAAAGCAGCCAAAGGCCUCGUAGAUGCUGCCCACCUCAUGAAAGAGAACAGUAAAUUGUUUUCCGAGGUGCAGCCAGAUUUUGAGGCAAAGUUUCCAUGUAUAGAUUUUAUCGAACCAGAAAGCGGCCUACCCGGGAAGAUCAGUAUCAUGAAUGACCACGCUUACAAGUCGAGCAAGCUGUUACUUGCGUACAGUGAGAUGGACGAACGUGUCAAACCGCUAGCCAUUGGACUACGUAAACUGGCGCGUCUCUGUAAGAUAGACGUACAAGGAGACGGUAGCAUUCCAGCGUAUUCCUUCACCAUUAUGACGGUUUUCUACCUACAGCGAUGCCCCAACCCUGUACUACCAGUCCUUCAUGAGGUGCUUGGACUAAAGGACUCUGAUGUAGCAACAGUUAAGGAUAACUCUCAGGGACAGAUUUUCAAGACAACAAACACAAAGACUGUAGGGGAACUGUGGCUGGACAUGUUGAAGUUCUACUGUGUUGAGUAUCAAAUUGAGGAUGAGGUUAUCUGCAUAAGGAAGUCUACGUCCAUUACAAGAGAGGAGAUGCGAAUAUCCAAGAGACGGCUUGCAAUAGAAGAUCCAUACAACACAAGCAAACGUAAUGUUGCUAAGAGCCUGUCUUCACCGACCAUCUUUAAAUAUGUGAUGGAUAGAUUCAAGUCUGCUCUUCUGUACUUUGGUACCCCUCAAUAUAGUAAACAGAAGGACAUUGCGGAUUCUAAACCGCUUUCUAAAGAGCCGACAAAGACAGAACCCUCAGUAACAGAUGCACUCCCAACUGACAGUUCAUCAACUGCAUCGGAAGCAGUUGGUGGAAAGACACCAAAUGCUGCCACGGAUGCAUCAGAUGGGAAUGUCAUCACUAAGUCCUCAAAAGCAGCUGAUGAGAUAUCGGCAGAUGAUGAAGUCUCAGAGGAGGUUAAGCAGUUUGGACGCGAGAUCAUCGAAAAUGCCAUAAAAAUCUGCGAAGCAGAGAGAAGCACUGAAGGAGAGAACACCUCAGACGUUGCUCUGAAACCAGAAGCAGAUGGCAGGGAAGCGGACAAAACGAAAGCAGCUUUGAAGGAGUCACCAGAUGUAGUGCCAGAAAAUUUUGAAUUUGCAUUUGAUGUUGUUAUACUUACUAAUGGAGAACAAGUCAAUGUGUUUUGUUCACAUUGCAACAAACACGGACACUCAAUCAAGAAUUGUCCUGAUGAUGACUUUCCAACACUGAAACCUUUGCCUCGCAUGCACAGUGGAUACAUGAAACGGAUUGAUGGGUUGUGUACACAAAUACCAUGUGAGUUUGAAUUGAAGGACGCAGAGCAUAGGAAUCGUGACACCAUUGUAAAUGGACUGCAGUCACACAUCAGGAGGAAUUAUCCAGAGGCCAAGCUCACCUUAUUUGGUUCUUCCAAGAAUGGUUUUGGCUUUCAGGGAAGUGAUCUUGAUAUAUGCAUGACCAUGAGUACACAUAAAGAUGCUUCGGCUCUGAAUGUGCCAUGUAUCAUCGAUGAUCUUGGGAACAUCCUUAGGAAGAAACGUGACCUGUACAACAUUUUUGCGAUUACGACGGCUAAGGUUCCCAUUGUGAAGUUUGUUCAUCGUCCGAGCCAACUGGAGGGUGAUAUUAGCCUCUACAACACUCUCGCACAGCACAACACACAGAUGCUCAAAACCUACUGCAACAUUGACCAACGAGUGAAACAACUUGGCUUUACCAUCAAAGCUUUUGCUAAGAAUUGUAUGAUAGGAGAUGCCUCUAGAGGGAGUCUCUCAUCAUAUGCGUACACACUGAUGGUGCUCUUCUACCUGCAGCAGUGUGAUCCACCUGUCAUACCGGUUCUUCAGGAGCUGUAUUCAAAUGAGAAAAGACCUACUGAAAUUGUUGAUGAAAGGAAUGUGUGGUUCUUCAGUGACAUCCAAAAUUUGAAAUCAGCUUGGAAGAACUACGGAAAGAACAAAUGUUCAGUGGGAGAACUGUGGUUAGGACUUCUUCGUUUCUACACUGAAAGUUUUGACUUCAGGCGGUACGUGGUCAGCAUCCGCCAGAAGAAGUACCUCACCAAGUUUGAGAAGCUGUGGUCGUCGCGUUCCAUUGCUAUCGAAGAUCCUUUUGAUUUGGACCAUAACCUUGGUGGCGGAGUCUCAAGGAAGAUGAAUUCAUACAUCAUGCUGGUAUUCCAGAAAGCUAGGGAACACUUUGGCACGCCUCGUCCUCUACCACCCAGCCAUAAUUUCCUGCAAGACUUCCGUAUAUUUUUCAAUGUUGAUAUUUUAACUGAUGGCUGUAAUCCACCUGAUGACCGGUUAUGUCGUUUAUGUGGACGUGUUGGGCACUUUGUUAAAGACUGCCCCCGCAAACGUGAAAGAAAACCCCCCGCUCAAAGACAAGGCAACCAGGACAACGAAAGAUAUCGACAAGAAUUCAAUCGACAAAAUACAGAUCCACGACAGCAGGUAGAUAUGAAUCGAAGGGAUUUCCAACAAGUGAAAAAUUUUCAGAGGUCUAUUUCAUUGCCGAAUGCAAAGUCGGGCAAACCUGGAGACCCAAGAAUGUUGACGGUACAUAUACAGGGCCAGCAUGUCCCAACACAUGAUGGCAAACAUCAGCAAUCAAGACAACCAACAAUAGGUGAACGUUGGAAGGAACAUAAACAACAAGAGCAAAAAGCCAAGCCUGAAGAGAAGCCUACUACUAUACCAAAGAAGACACAAGAACAGGAAUCAAAAACACAACAGGCAAAGUCAAAGAACAUAGCGGGUGAUAAGUUAAGGGGUCCCCCACCAGCUUCAACGUAUCCUGCACUGGGGAAAGCCCCGCAUGAAGUUAAAGGCCCAGAAGGACAAUGGGCAAUGGGAGUACCGAAAUUGCUAGGUGCUGAUCGUGUCCCUGGGAAACAAGAGAGCAAACAAGUGCCGUUUAAGAAGCCAGCAGCAACAGUUCAACCUUUAGUUCAUCAGCAUCCAUCGUCUGUCAAUCAGCCGAGAUAUGGAUUUCCACGCCCACAAAAUCCUACCAUUCCCAUCAUUCCAUUUGCUCGAAACUCAUCCUCGCAGCAUGUGGCUCGUAUGCGGAACCCAAAUCAAAUCCAGCAGGAGUUAAAGGUGCGACCAAAUUUUCAUGGCAAUCAACCCCAGGGCCAUCCUGCGGGUCUCAGGGCUCCACGGCCGCAAAGAAGUGGCGCAUUUUCGCAACAUAUGACACGCCCACCGGCACCGUCACACAACAAAGGACAAACCCCUGAGGAGAAAGAGCAAUUUCUAAAGAUGAUAACGCAAUUAUCUAAAGAGAUUGAAGACCAGAAGAAAACUAGUAGUGAGCCAGCUAAAGGAAAGCCUUUGGUUACCAGCCAGCCCGAAGAGGCCAAAGUGAAGCCUUUCUGGUCUGACAAAGUGCCGUCAAAAAAAGUUGAACACCAGCCUAGGCUGUCUGAGCCUAAAACUCAAAGCCCACCCAGAGCAGGAUUACCCAAAAAACAGCAGCAGCAACAAAAGCAAAUUAUGCCUCAAAGCUUAACACCUGACCAGGUUAAUUUUCUUGCAAAUUUCCAGCAGCAGCAACUUGCACAGCAACAUCAACAACAGCAACAGCAGCAACAGCAACAAAAUACCUUAUUACAGCAGCAACACCAACAAAAUGCGUUAUUACAACAGCAACACCAACAACACCAUUUAUCAGCAACAACGUUUCAGAAACAACAAGGUAUUGUGCAGAGUGAGGCAAGUAGUUUGGAGUCAACCAGAUUCCAGCAGCAGCAUCACCAGCAGCAGCAACAGUCGCGCCAAGAUCAAGCGAGAUCUGAUGCAGGACGGCUGAGCCACCAGCAGCAGCUGCUCCAGUUAAGCCUGAUGCAGCAGCAGUGGAACCAGCAAUUUCCACAUCACCAGCAACAGCAUCAACAGCAGCAGCAGCAGCAGCAGCAACAACAGGCAGGCUUGCAGUGGGAAGCAACAAAACAGACUAGUCCACAACAACAGCAAUGGGGCAGCCACACAACAGAUCAACGUUGGAAUUCAGCAGUACAAUCACAGGUGUAUACGAAUUCUAACAUCCAAAGUCAGCCAGUCCGCAUUCCAUCUGGAAACCACCCGGCAAUGAGCUCACCACAGACCCCGCCUCCCAGUCCGCAAAGAAACGCAGGUGCAACCAAUAUAUCACCAAGCACAUACCAACAGCCGGGAAAUGUUACAUACGAAUCGUCAAAUCUAGUCUCGGAACAGCCUAACAGGACUGGCACAAACCUGUGGCAGACCAACACAAGACAGUCGUCCAUUCCCUGGGGAGAGCCUGCCAGCGAUUCCAGAGGUCAAGGAGGCAUUGAGAGGCAGCACCAGCCGCAAACCAGCAGGGUCGCAACAUGGCAACAGGAUCUCAGCCAAACCAAUCCAGCGCAAACAUCUUCCUCACUGUGGUUACCUCGCGAAACAACGCCUCCUGCUUCUCCACAGAGUAGCCAAACCCAUCAGCAGCAACAGGCCCAGCAGACCUCAUUUCACCAGACUGUGUACGAUCUACCUCAGCUGCAGGGCCUACGGCAGGAAGCAACAUCUUAUUCAAGACCAGACACCUAUCUAUUUCCUUCAACUCCGCCUCGUACUACUUUAGCGAACAUGCACGGUUUUGGCGAGCCAUAUAGGGACAUGACUGCACAUUCAGGUUCACCACAGAAUCUGCAAGGUUUCCAGACCAUGUCCGUUGCCGGAAGCACUGACAUUAGCAAGAAUCAGCCCGGGUACUGGGAACCAUUUACCACGCCAACAUCCAUUGUGUACAGCUCCCAACCGUGGGUCAGCCCACAAAGCACGUACGUUGCUUAUACUGGCGUAGAUGGGCAGCAAGUAAGAAGUCAGCCGUUAUCUCGUAACCCGUACCCAGCACAGCAGCACAGUUACACAACAGCGGCAGGAACAUACUACCAAAACACUGGAGCCUAUCAAGCCGGACAACAGGACAUGCAGUAGAAUUAUGCUAGUAUAUCAACCCCAUUUCAAGGCUCACUAGGCCUGUGUGUCCCAACUGUGUGGCGUUUGUUUACUCUAGGCCUAGGAUUUCAAGGCUUUCCAUAGCAACUCUAAGCCUAAUUGUUUAACAACACAGAUCACUAGGAUUACUCCUAUAUGGCAAUUAAAAAAUUGGUGUUCACAAAUUACUUAUUUUAAUCCUUGAAUUCUCCAGGUCAAAUUUAUAUGCUGCUGUAAGUAAGCAAGUAUCUGGAGUUGAUCGUAGUUUUUCUCAAGGUGCCAUUGGUUGACUGUUACAUUUUUUAUACUCUGGUUGUAUAACUGUUGAUAUUGUUUUUCUGCUCACUAAGUUUUAGAAUCACCUGAUGAAUUAUGGGUAAUUUUACCUUUGAAAAUUUUAAAUGAAUUCCGUGAAACAAAUCAUUUAAUGCAAAAUAUUCAUAAAAUUUUAUUGAUUUUUUUUUCAGGGUGAGAAAAAAAAUAUGUAUUUGUCGGGUUUCUCAAGUUCUGGUCAGGAGGAAGGAUAAAAAUUAAAUAUGAAUUGUGUG